AUGGACCCCACAGCCAAGGACGAAAUGCAACCUUCACUUCCUCCUGGCUCUUCCUGCCCAGGGCCAGAGUGGCCGGAGCAGGAGAGGGCGGAGCAGCUGGCCCGGGGUGCAGCACUCAAGUGGGCCUCAGGCAUCUUCUACCGGCCGGAGCAGCUGGCCAGGCUGGGCCAGUACCGCAGCCGUGAGGUACAGCGCACCCGCUCCCUGGAAGCACGCAUUAAGUCAGUGGUGCAGUCAUACCUGGAGGGUGUGAAGACUGGUGUGUGGCAACUGGCACAGGCCCUCGAGGCCGUGCAAGGAGCCCGUGAGGCCCUGGGCCAGGCCCGUGGGUUGCUCCGGGGCAUGGCCAAGGCUGUACAGACCCUAGAGCCCUUGCGGGAGCAGGCUGUCCAACACAAGCAACUGCAGGCCCUGUCUCAGCUGCUGCCCCGGCUGCGAGCAGUGCCGGCUGCAGUGGUCCACGCACAGACCCUGAUUGAUGCCCAUCGGCUCUUGGAGGCAUAUGUGAGCCUUAGGGAGCUGGAGCAGCUGCAAGAGGAGACGUGGGCCUCUCUGGGGGGUCUGGAGUUGCCAGUCUUUGAGGGGCUGGGCCCUCUGGCUGAGGCACUGGGCCAGGCUGUGGAGGCAGCUGUAGGGGCUGCAGGGCAGCUGGCCCGGGAGGACCCAGCCCUGUUGGUGGCUGCUGUGCGUGUGGCGGAGGUGGAGGCUGGCAGAACCACCUCCCUGGAGCAGGCCCCCCGGGACUGGCGGCAGCGCUGUCUGCGAGCGCUAGAGGAGGGCCUAGAGCGGGUCCACUUUGGGACACCUCUGCUGCCUGGACCAGGGGCCCUCGCAGGGUGGCUGGAGGCUCUGCGGGUGGCUCUACCAGCCGAAUUGGCCACAGCGGAGGCACUGAUCGCACCCUGCUGCCCACCACACUACAAGGUGGUCCGGCUGUGGGCCCACACCCUGCACGGCGGCCUGCGGCGCUGCCUGCAGCAGUUCCUGGAAGGGCCCGAGCUGGGAGCCUCCGACGCCUUCACCUUGCUGCACUGGGCGCUGCAUGUGUACCUGGGGCCAGAAAUGAUGGGGAGCCUGGAACUGGGGCCGGAGGCUGAUGUGUCUCAGCUGGAACCUCUCCUGACCCUGGAGAAUAUCGAGCAGCUAGAGGCAACGUUUGUAUCCAAAGUCCGGGCAAGUGUGGUGCAGUGGCUGCAGAAGGCACUGGAAGGGGAAGUGGCUGAAUGGGGCCGGGAGCAGGAGCCUGACACAGAUCCAUCCGGCUUCUACCACUCACCAAUGCCAGCCAUCGUGCUGCAGAUCCUGGAAGAAAACAUUCGAGUGACCAGCCUGGUCAGUGAGUCACUGCAGCGGCGGGUGCACGGCAUGGCACUGUCAGAACUGGGAGCGUUCCUGAGGAGCUUUAAUGAUGCUCUGAUCCGAUUCUCCCGAGACCACCUCAGAGGGGAAGCAGUGGUCCCUCAUUACGUGUCCUACCUACUGGCUGCCCUCAACCACCAGUCGGCACUCAGCUCCUCCGUGUCCGUCUUGCAGCCCGAAGGGGUGGUCUCAGGGGCCUUGGCUCCGGUGGAGGCAGCGCUGGACGAGUUGCAGAGGAGGAUCUGCCGGCUGGUGUUGGAGGCGCUGUUGCUGGAGCUCCAGCCCCUGUUCGCGACUCUGCCUUCGCGCCGUUGGCUGUCGAGCCCGGAGCUGCUGAACAAUGUGUGCGAGCGGACAGCGCGCUUCUGCCGGAACUUCUGGCGUGUUCGGAAGCCCGCAUUCCAGGUGCUCCUGGCCGAGACGGAGCGUGCGGUGGUGCUGCAGUACCUAUGUGCGCUGAUGCAAGGCCGCCUAGUGUGCCGCGGUGCGGACGAGCGGAACCAGGCAGCCGAGCGCAUGCAACAGGAUGCCACCCAGCUUCGGGAUCUUUUCCUCGAUUUGGGCCUGGAAGAGAGCGCUCAUUGCGCGCCGGUGCUGCUCACCCUGCGGAAGCUGCUGAACCUCCACGACCCCACGAUGCUUGGCCUCGAGGUGGCAAGCCUUCGGCAACAAUUUCCCGACGUAAGCGAGGAACAUGUCUCUGCCCUCUUGGACCUGCGCGGGGACGUGUCCCGAGAGCAGCGCCAAGCGGCACUCAGCUCCCUGCAGGACGGCCCGCAGCCCUCGCCCCGCGCGGGUCGCCGCGCACUCUUCAGCCUUGUGCCAGCACCUACACCUUCUCCAUCCUCCUGCCUCUUCUCGGGGUCCUGUGCCUGAAUCUCACCUGCUCGCAGAAUAAAGCUGUGUGCCCGCUUCCCCCACCACCACCCCC